CUUGACCUUCUCUUGCAGUUGUUUCUCCACAGUAUAUUCGGAUACCGGGGGAUUGUCCUCUUUCCUUGGCAAGCCAGGUUGUACGACCGAGACGUCGCUUCUGCUGUGCCUGAAAAGAGCGAGUCUGGAGCUGCACAUGGAUCCAAAGAAGUGAAAGGCAAGACACACACCUACUAUCAGGUGCUGAUCGACGCUCGCGACUGCCCACAUAUAUCUCAGAGAUCCCAAACAGAAGCCGUGACGUUCUUGGCCAACCACGACGACAGUCGAGCCCUCUAUGCAAUCCCAGGGCUGGACUACGUGAGCCACGAGGACAUCCUGCCCUACACCUCCACGGACCAGGUGCCCAUCCAGCACGAGCUCUUCGAGCGCUUCCUCAUGUACGAUCAGACAAAAGCUCCCCCGUUCGUGGCAAGGGACACGCUCUGCGCCUGGCAGGAGAAGAACCACCCGUGGCUGGAGCUCUCCGACGUGCACCGGGAGACCACCGAGAACAUCCGGGUGACGGUCAUCCCCUUCUACAUGGGCAUGCGGGAAGCGCAGAACUCUCACGUCUACUGGUGGCGCUACUGCAUCCGCCUGGAAAACCUCAACAACGAAGUUGUGCAGCUCCGUGAACGGCACUGGAGGAUAUUCAGCUUGUCCGGCACCCUGGAGACCGUCCGUGGACGGGGAGUUGUGGGGCGAGAGCCCGUCUUGUCCAAAGAGCAGCCGGCCUUCCAGUACAGCAGCCACGUCUCCUUGCAGGCGUCCAGUGGGCACAUGUGGGGCACCUUCCGUUUUGAGCGGCCCGACGGCUCCCAUUUCGAUGUCCGGAUCCCCCCCUUCUCCCUGGAAAGCAAUAAGGAUGAGAAGACGCCCCCUUCUGGCCUCCACUGGUAGAGCGGCCUUAGGAAGCC